CGUACGCGAGAGACGCAGAAGGCCAGAAGCAGAAGCUAAGCUGCAGAAGUAAACAUGGCGACUCCAAGACCAAAAUCACCUCGCCCCCCUGGUUCUGCUAAUAAAACUGACAAGGAAGAAUCUUUUUGGGAAAAAAUUGGAACGCUUGGUAGGAAGAAGCGUAUAAAGGAAGUGCAAGAAGUCCAAGAAGAAGGAAAGUAUGCUAUAGAUUCCCCAGGAAGUCCAACUGCUCAAGAUAUUCCUCCUGAAGAAUAUGACCUUGAGGAGAAUGAGGAGCGGUCUAUGAUAGAACCUCGCUCUUACGAGAACCCCAAACUGCAGGAGCUGACCGGUGUUUUGGUUGAUUGGAUCAACGAUGUCUUGGCUGAUCAAAGAAUCAUCGUCAAGGAUCUGGAAGAAGACCUCUACGAUGGACAAGUCUUGCAAAAACUCUUAGAGAAGCUGUCCGGAGAGAAGCUGGAUGUCCCAGAAGUCACACAAUCUGAGGAAGGUCAGAAGCAGAAGCUGGGAAUUGUGCUCAGUGCUGUUAAUAAGGUCCUGGGUCAUCCGAGGUGGUCCCAGCAGAAGUGGAGUGUUGAGAGUGUUCACUCCAAGAACAUUGUGUCCAUCCUACAUCUACUGGUGGGUCUGGCCCGCCACUACAGGGCUCCUGUGAGACUGCCAGAGAAUGUGGUGGUGGGAGUAGUGGUGGUGCAGAAAAAAGACGGGUCCCUGAGUCAUCGCACAAUUAAUGAAGAAAUUACAUCCACAUAUGAUGACUUGGGCAUGCGGUGUGAGAGAGAUGCAUUUGACACGUUGUUUGAUCACGCUCCUGACAAACUCCAGGUUGUCAAGAAGUCUCUGGUGACAUUUGUCAACAAGCACCUCAACAAGGUGAACCUGGAAGUAUCAGAUCUUGACACCCAGUUCCAUGAUGGGGUGUACCUUACUCUGCUGCUGGGGCUACUGGAGGGAUUCUUUGUGCCUCUCUACAGCUUCCACCUCACCCCUCAGGACUUUGACCAGAAGGUACACAAUGUGUCAUUUGCCUUUGAACUCAUGCAGGAUGUUGGACUUGCCAAGCCUAAAGCCAGACCAGAAGAUAUUGUCAAUUUAGAUCUGAAAUCCACGUUGAGGGUGCUUUAUAAUCUCUUCACAAAAUACAAGAACAUCAACUGAGUUGGUUAGUUUGCUUCUUUGCGGUGCUAAAAUAAAACAAAGGUCGACUAAUAUUGUGUCUUCACAAGUUACUGCCAAUAGUAUUAAUAUUUGUGGUUAGCUAGGGGGCCUGGGGGCGGAGCCCCCAGCGAGCCAAAGGCGAGUAUACUGUUAUACUUGUAUACAAAUUGUCGCAGACUAUUAAAAACAUAUAAAUUUAAUGUUUUUAGCAUAUAGCACAUUCUAAGCCAACUUCCAUAGUAAAAUCAGUUUUAAUUUAGCUCAUUCCAUAAUUAUGACAGGAAAAGGUAAAAGUGUAAAUGACACAAACUAAUUGUAAUGCAAGCACAAAAUUUGUUUAAAUUGGUUUAACCAGAAAUAAGCACAAAAACUUUACACUUGGUGAAAUACACAAAAUGCUUUUGUCAACUGUUGAAAGUGUUUAAUGAAGUUCUUUUGAAGACAACUCAUCAGUAAGAAUGAGUCAUUUCGGAAUGUUAGCACACGCCAGCAAGGUAAAUGCAGGGAGUUUGAAAAAUUAAAAUUAUAUUUCUCUUCCUAAAUUGAAGGUACCUAUUAAAUUAUAAAAUAGAAUUUAACUAUGUUCUCAAUACUGUAUUAAAACAAUAAUAUAUUAUUCUGUUGUCUUGGUCAACUUCCAAUAGGUAAAAGUUAUCUUAUUAAAUACCGUAGCAUAAUUUAAAUUUUGUAACCCUGCAAAACUGCUUUUCGUUUUGAUAAUUUGAAAUAUUUUCUAUUUUAAGGUACCUACACUAGAAUAAUGAUAUUGUUACUGUCUGUUAACGUUUCGUUUGCCUUUUGUCGAGAAUGUUAUUU